AUGAAUUCGGAUAUUAACAUGUACUUGGGACGAGAGAAGGCGGGAAUCAUGCGAAAAAGAGCCUUGCUACUCAGGAAGGGCUGCAGUUUCGAAAUAACGAGCUCAGCGUCAGAGGAUCUCGGAUGCAGGAGAGGAGAAUUCAGCCGGAAACACUAUGGAUCAGUUGAACUGCUCAUCUCCAGUGAUGCAGAUGGGGCCAUACAGAGAGCUGGCAGAUUCAGAGUGGAGAAUGGUUCAAUCGAUGAAAUCUCUGACUACACGCCUGGAACGUGGAGGAGAACUGAUGUCCAUCUGGAGAACCCAGAGUACCACACCAGAUGGUACUUCAAGUACUUCCUGGGAAAAGUUCAUCAAAACUACGUGGGCACAGAUGCAGAGAAAAACCCUUUCUUUCUGUCUGUGGUUCUGUCAGACCAGAACAACCAGAGGGUCCCGCAGUAUCGAGCCAUCCUCUGGCGCAAGACGGGUACUCUGAAAAUCAGCCUUCCAUACAGCCCAACAAAAACACUAUCAGUUAAAUCCAUAUUAAGUGCCAUGAAUGUGGAUCGUUUUGAGAAGGGCCCGAGGGAAAUCCUCAACCCAGAGAUUCAGAAGGACUUACUGGUGCUGGAGGAGCAAGAGGGAAGCGUUAACUUUAAAUUUGGUGUUCUUUAUGCCAAGGACGGACAGUUGACAGAUGAUGAAAUGUUCAGCAAUGAAAUGGGAAGUGAGACCUUUGAGAAAUUUCUGAAUCUCCUUGGUGAUACGAUCUGUCUACAGGGCUGGGCAGGGUACCGAGGAGGACUCGACACUAAGAACGACACUACAGGAAUAAAUUCUAUCUACACAGUCUAUCAGGGUCACGAGCUCAUGUUCCACGUUUCCACCAUGUUACCUUAUUCUAAAGAGAACAAGCAACAGGUAGAGAGGAAGAGACACAUUGGGAACGACAUCGUGACCAUCGUGUUUCAGGAGGGAGAUGACGCCUCGCCGUCCUUUAAACCCUCCAUGAUUCGCUCCCAUUUCACACAUAUUUUUGCCUUAGUUCGAUAUAAUAGCCAGAAUGAUAGUUAUAGGUUGAAGAUUUUCUCAGAGGAAAGUGUGCCACUUUUUGGUCCCCCUCUCCCUUCCCCACCAGUGUUCACGGACCAUCAGGAGUUCAGGGACUUUUUACUAGUUAAAUUAAUAAAUGGAGAAAAAGCCACUCUUGAGACCCCCACUUUUGCUCAGAAACGUCAGCGUACACUGGACAUGCUGAUCAGAUCCCUGUACCAGGAUCUCAUGCCUGACAUGCACAAGAACAUGCUGAAUCGACGCUCAUUCAGCGAUGUCCUGCCAGAGUCACCUAAAUCCGCCCGGAAAAAAGAGGAGGCACGUCAGGCUGAGUUCGUUAGGGUGGGACAGGCCUUAAAGCUAAAAACUAUAGUUCGAGGUGAUGCGCCCACCAGUCUAGUCACCACUGGCCUUUGCAGGAAAGAGCCAUGGGAGUCACAGUCGUUCUGCAGCAGCUUCCCUUAUGAUAUAGUCUGUGGAGACUCAUGGGGUCAGUCAUUACUGGUCGCCACAGAUUCAGCAGGAGUCAUGCUGCUGGAGGAUUCACCAACCCUGCCUCCGGUGCAGGUAUUUGACAAAACCUUGACCGUCAAACAAAUGCACGUGCUUGAACCUCAGGACCUCCUCAUUGCAAGAGCAGACAAAGGGAAGGAUGCUCGACUGUAUGUUUACAGACUGAGCACACUCAAACAAGGUAUAGAGGAGCGACAGCUCGUCCGCACCAAGUGUGACAGUCGAGAGAACAAGCUUGAGAAAACCAAAGGCUGCCAUCUCUACUCCAUAAACACACAUCAUGGAGUGGAGCUCAGAAUUGUUGCGGCGAUAAGAAACAAGCUCCUUCUGAUCACCAGGAAACAGUCACGGCUCGAAUGUGUCAGCUCUAUCGCUACAGUCACAGGGAGCACAGACUCACCCGUAGAAGAGUUCCAGUACAUACGGGAGAUCUGCUUAUGUGACUCUCCGGUGGUGAUGGCACUGGUUGAUGGCCCGACAGGAGAGAAUGAUCACAUGAUUUGUGUGGCCUACAGACAUCAGUUUGACUUGAUCAACGAGAGCACUGGAGACGCCUACAGACUACAUCAUGUAGAUUCCAACCGGGUCAACUUUGUUGCUGCCAUAGACGUUUAUGAAGAUGGAGAGGCUGGACUUCUUCUUUGCUAUAACAAUAUCUGCGUCUAUAAGAAGGUGUGUCCGUUUAAUGGAGCCACACCCAUGAUUCAGCCCAACACUUCAGACUUUCAUUUUAGCUGGAACCAAAUGCCUAAUGCUACUGUGUGUGCAUUCCCAUAUAUACUCGCAUUCACCACAGACUCCAUAGAGAUCCGGCUAGUCGUUAAUGGAAACCUAGUUUAUACAGCUGUUGUUCCAGAAUUGCAGUUGACUGCAUCAAGAUCUGAUAUCUAUUUCAUCUCCUCAGCGCCUAUAAACUCUGCCUCUAACUGUAGCUCCAGAGACACUAGUUCCCAGAGUUCCCCUCAGACACCCACCGGCUAUGAGAUGCCUGUCUUCCCUUCACCGCUUGGAGAUGGUGAAACUCAAUCAAAACACAUCUAUAAGAUCCCUCUGAGUAACCUAGUUGGAAGGAGCAUAGAAAGGCCCCUCAAGUCUCCUCUGGUCAAUAAAGUGCUCACGGCACCGGCCCCCAGCAUGACCGGGCCUGCGCCCAUGAUCGGCAGCACCACCUCCCUCUCGCUGUCUCGCAUGGAGAUCAAAGAAAUUGCCAGCCGCACACGAAAAGAGCUGCUGGGUUUGACUGAGGAGCCCAGCAGUAAAGCAGAUGGCAACUCAGUGAAACAGAGAAGAAUGAGCAAGAAAAACAAAGAGGAAGAGCAGAAGAGAACAGCAGAGAUCAGCAUCGCCGAGCAAGUGGGCAUGGAGUCUGUAGAUGGAGAAACUGACAUCCAGCAGCUCUGUCCAUCUGGCUCAGAGGUGGAGGUGCGAGAUGACAGUCCACCCACAGCCAACCCUUUCACCUUCUCCACAUCGUUUGAGGAUGAUAUUUUGGACCUUAAGUGA